AUGGCAACUACCCAUCGCUACCGGACGAGGAGGAGCCAGCUUCUCCCACCACAAGAUUUGUCCAGCAGCUCCGACAGUCCUUCCCAGCAGACGCCCAACACUUCCGCCUCAAUGCCUCCUGACAGCGCGCCCACAUCGUCCGGCGGUUCAUCUAGAAGCCGGCAACGUGGAGAAUACACGGACGAGAAGUACUCUAAUGUGUACUACUACCAAAUGCUGGCCGACUCGCGGAAAAUGGCACGGGAGAAUGUGGAAGAUGUAGUGGAUGCCGAGGGAAAACCGACUGUCGUCAAGCUUUCGAGGUUCAGAUGGCGUGACGUUUAUACCUUGGUGCAAAUACCCUCCACAUCCCCUGAUCAGGCCGUCAAAAUGGAAGAGAAUGAUACGGUGCGCCCAAAGGCGCAGGUCUGGCGCGCACCCAAAAGGCUGACGGCCGUUUUGGAAGAGAAGGAUAUCCCGAGUUACGUUUCCCGCAAGACCCAUCAGAUUCUCCAGCCGGCAAAGCAGCUACUCUAUCAGCCUGAUGAAAUCGACGUUCGCUGGCUGAAGCUUUGCAACGCGGCGCGAGUUGAGAAUGGUCAGGCCCGGAUCACGAUGCACCAGCUCGCCCACACGCUGAAUACAUUCGAAAGUGAGGCAUACACAGCACUCCAUUGCGCGCUCAUCCAAUCGCUGGCAUUGCCUGCCCGGUUUCCGCUUCCUGAUGACGACGCGAAAUGUAUCAUAUGCGGGGAUCGUGAAUACGCUAUUGAUGCGGUGAAGUAUAACUGCGUGAUGUGCAACAUGACCUGCCACGCCGAGUGUCUGCUGAUGGGCACUUCAGAGUUGCCAGGCGAUUGGAAGUGCUCAAGCUGCGAAAAACUUGAUGGACGCCCGCCAAACUGCGUGCUCUGCCCGAUGCGCGGGGGCGGCUUCAUGGAGACGACCGACGGCAGAUGGGCCCAUCUGAACUGUGGAAAAUGGUUUUGGGAUUGCCGUUAUUCCGGAGCUGCUCCACAUAAACUCGACUGUCGGCAGAUUCCCCUGUCGAACUGGAGCAUGAAGUGCCAAGUGUGCAAUACAAGCCUCGGCGCGUGUCUUCAAUGUCAGGAGCCCGGAUGCGACGUUUCAUUUCACGUCUCCUGCGCCUUGCGUACCGGGCAUAAGUUUUACACCACAAAUGACAAAAAAUACUGGUAUUACCACACGUAUUGCCUGAAGCACACGCUAGAGCGGGGCAAGAAGAAAUCAUUGCCCGGGGAGCUCGAGAACAAUUGGGUGCGAUCGGAGGAGCUGGGCGAGCUGGAGAAAUAUUUGGUUGAACGCACACCGGUGGAAGAUGCUAUUAGAUUAUCGGAUCUACCUGCAGAUAUCAUCAAAGAACUCUUUGCUUAUUGGAAGCUGAAGCGCCAGGACAAUGGCUACAAGCCGCUUAUUCAGGAAGAUCUGAUAAUUGUCGCCGAUUUGGAACGCCUCGUUCUGGAGCGGCUUUCGCUUGAUGAAGAGGAAGAUGAGUCGACGGAUGAGAAGAGGAGCCGCGAUUUCAAGUCGUCGUCGGUUGAGAAAUGGGCCACACCAACGGCCAGCAUUUGUGGUGACGCUGGAGCCGAUCGAAACGUUGAGGAAACUCCACUGGCAUCUUAUGCCACACCGCCACAGUCAAUGGUGCGCAAGCCUCGCACCUCAAAACGACGCCCUCUCGCCGGACUGAAUUCUUCGUCCCGU